AUGACACACGUCAAAGCUGGUCAGCGCCGCCGGGCCAAGGCCCCCAAGGUUCGGACCGGCUGCCGAACAUGCAAUCACUAUACAGGUAUCACUACUGGCCGCAAAUGCGACGGCUACGAGCCUCUGCCCGAGACCAAACCCAUACGAUUCGUCACAUUGAUGCACGUUACGUAUCCUCCAAAUGAGUUGCGCUCGUUUCAAUACUUUCAGGAAAAGACAUUGUCGCAGCUCUUCACUUUCAUUCAAGAAGAUAUAUGGACAUCACAUAUAGUUCAAACGGCAAACAUGGAUCAAGGCAUAUGGCAUUCGGUCGUUGCGUUGUCGUCCUUUCAUGAGAAUUUUGUACGCCAUGGCUACUCCGGCCCGGAAAACCACGACCGCUUCGCUCUGAAACAAUACAACAUGUCCAUUCAAAGUAUACUGGGCUCAGAGCGAAACUCGAGCAAUGCCCAUGUGCAUUUGAUCUCGUGCAUUCUCUUCAUCUGCAUCGAGGUUCUUCGUGGCAGAGUAUUGACUGUCCUGCAGCUGCUAGUCACAGGAUAUGCAAUCUUGAAAGAAGAACGCGUGCGAUCCUGUUGUGCCUAUACCGAAUCACACGGACCAUCAGGUCGUGAUCGAGGCGCACUUUUUGCCGAGGCUGAUGUCUUUCUCAGUCGCGUUGCGACGCAAGCAUUCAUGCUAGUCAAAGGUGUAGAUCCCAACCUUGCCACCGUGGUGGCGGAAAUCUUAGAUUUCGAGCAGUUUGCCUGGAAGGAGAAGCCAGUCUUCCACACACUCAACCAGGUCCAGCACGCGCUUAGCACCCUCCGACUGGAGCUUGAGACAUAUAAUCAAUGCGGCGUGGGUAUGGUUCCUGUCAAGCUUCGAUGGUGGCGUUCCGCUUUUGAACAAUUCAAGAAGGAGUACGCGGAGCAACUCACGUCCUGUGAGGGCAGGAGAGGUCUUGCAUUGUUGGAACUUCAGGGACUUUACGUAGGCGUGGAAACCGUCGUCUUCGACGGCCCUCCAGGCGCAGCGGAGGAUCCGCUGCGUUGGGAUGCGCAUACAGACGCGUUUCGAGAAAUGAUUCAGCACGCCGAGGCGGCGACGCAGGUUGACCAGGACGACGCUAUGGCUAGCACGCGCAAGGGUCCGCAGUUCCACAUGCAUAUCGGUGUGGUGCCGUUGCUCUACGGCAUCAUCCACAAGUGUCGCGAUCCAAGUAUCCGCAGGCGCGCGAUUAUGCUCAUGUCCAGAUCGCAGCGCUUGGAGGGGGUGUGGGACAGCAAAGUGAUGCUCGGAGUCGCUCUGCGGGCCAUGGCCGUUGAGGAACAGGGCAGGACGCUGGCAUCGUCGGCGGAGAUUCCGGCCGCGUCCCGCGUCCGGCGUAUUGCCGUGCUUCCCGUGCGUCAAGGGGAUUAUAACCAGGCAAACCCCAAGUCCUACAUGGUCGGCUACGAGAUUGACGACAAGUGGGCCUGGGAAAACGCUGACAGCAUUCUGGGCCCGAGGUCGUCCGAGUCAUAA